AUGUCAAUAAUUUUGCGAAAUAUUUUAACAAAGUUAAAAAAGUACCCUGGUCAAGUAUCUAAUUUCUGUAGUGUCGUAAACACAACCGAUAAUGUUCAUGAGGCUGAAGGUAAAAUUAAUAUUCCAACCGCUCCAAUAAUAUCAACAAUAAAUUACAAUGAUGAAGAUCAAAUGUAUCAACAGAAACGGGAAGUUUGGAUUGAUAGUCUUGAUACUAUCGAAGAAAAGAAAUUAGGUUUGAUGACAUUACAUCCGGCAGUAUUUGCCGACAAGCCUAGACUUGAUACUCUAUAUGAAAAUGUCCGAUGGCAAAGAAUGUACAGAUUUGUCAAUUAUGCACAUGUCAAAAACAGAGCUGAAAGGCGUGGUGGUGGUCGCAAACCUUGGCCACAAAAAGGUGGAGGUCGUGCCCGUCAUGGAAGUAUAAAUUCACCAUUAUUUAAAGGUGGUGGUCUUGCUCAUGGUCCAAGAUCACCAACGGUACACUUUUAUAUGUUGCCGUUUUUCUCCCGAGUCAAUGGAUUGACAGCUGCAUUGUCGGUUAAAUUAGCACAAGAUGAUCUUUAUGUUGUGAAUAAUCUUGAGAUUCCGUCUAAAGAUCCGAAGUACAUUGAAUCAUUGAUGGAAGAGCGUAAUUGGGGACCCAGUCUACUCUUAGUUGAUACUGAGGAUAUCAUGCCAGAAAAUAUUACAAUCGCAACAGAUGAAUUAAAGCAUGUGAAUUUAAUGCCAGCUUACGGAUUAAACGUGUACAGUAUGCUGAAACAUUCGACAUUAGUUUUGACAGAACGGGCUGUUCGUCACGUUGAAAGUAAACUUUUAUAUCAAUUAUACAGACCUGACACCAAAGCAUUGACUUCUAGAUUCAAAUUAAGUCAAGUUUAA